AUCCUAUUCUUCCAACAACUGUUCAAGAACGAUUUUCGUAAUUCUUAAGCGUUCUUUAAUUUCAUCGAAAGGCUUAAUAAUGUCUCUGAUUCCUAGAGGAAGUAUCUUCGAUCCGUUCUCUCUUGAUGUUUGGGAUCCUUUCAAGGCCUUCCCUCUCCCUUCUUCGUCCUCUUCACUGACCUCUCGUUUUCCUCAAGAAACCUCUGCUUUUGUCAAAACUCGUGUUGACUGGAAGGAAACUCCAGAAGCUCACGUGUUCAAGGCCGAUCUUCCAGGGCUAAAGAAGGAGGAAGUGAAGGUGGAGAUCGAAGACGACAGGGUGCUUCAAAUCAGUGGGCAGAGGAAUAUAGAGAAGGAAGACAAGAACGACACGUGGCACCGUGUGGAACGUAGCAGUGGCCAGUUCUCGAGGAGGUUCAGGCUGCCGGAGAAUGUGAAGAUGGAUCAGGUUAAAGCUUCCAUGGAGAAUGGAGUUCUUACUGUUACUGUUCCUAAAGUGGAGAUGAAGAAAACUAUUGUGAAGACCAUCCAGAUUUCUGACUGAAAUUAAAAAUGGCAUGCGUGUCUCUGUCUUGCGAAUGUGUUUGGGUAAUCGAGAAAUUGUCUAUGAAUAAUGUGAUGUUUGUUUUCGUCUUGUGAAAGCUUAAUCUGUUUGUGAAUGAAACUUUCUUGAGUUUCAUAUCUAA